AUGCGAUCAGAAGCAUUUGUUGAUUUCUUUCUUUCUUCCUUUCUUUCUUUCUUUCUUUAUUUCUUUUCAGAUUUCUUGGUCCUUCCAUUCUUUUUUAAAUUUAUUUUCAAAUACAUUUUUUCUUUCUUUCGUUUUUUCAAUUUCUUUCUUUCGUUUUUUCAAUUUCUUUCUUUCGUUUUUUCAAUUUCUUUCUUUCGUUUUUUCAAUUUCUUUCUUUCGUUUUUUCAAUUUCUUUCUUUCGUUUUUUCAAUUUCUUUCUUUCUUUCUUUCUUUCUUUCUUUCUUUCUUUCUUUCUUUCUUUCUUUCUUUCUUUCUUUCUUUCUUUCUUUCUUUCUUUCUUUCUUUCUUUCUUUUCCAUCCUCUACUUCAUUAACCUCUUCAUUUUUUCUUAUCCUCUUCCUCUCAUUUACGACAUUACAUCUAUCUAUCUAUCUAUCUAUCUAUCUAUCUAUCUAUCUAUCUAUCUAUCUAAAUCCAAAUCCAAAAACAGAGGAAUUGAUUAACCUUUACCUGUCAAUAUCUAUCUAUCUAUCUAUCUAUCUAUCUAUCUAUCUAUCUAUCUAUCUAUCUCAUUCUUUCAUAUCUAUCUAUCUAUCUAUCUAUCUAUCUAUCUAUCUAUCUUGUCUAUCCUGUCUGUCUGUCUAUCUAUCUAUCUAUCUAUCUAUCUAUCUAUUUAUUUCUAUUAUUAUUCUGUUCGAUGGCUCUCUCAGGGUAGAGCAGUCGACCGGCUGUCGAGAGUCUCAUUUUCUUAUGUCGAGAGCGCAGACUGCAUCUAUCAUUCUGUUCAUAUCUAUCUAUCUAUCUAUCUAUCUAUCUAUCUAUCUAUCUAUCUAUCUAUCUAUCUAUCUAUCUCUAUUCUAUAUCUAUCUAUCUAUCUAUCUAUCUAUCUAUCUAUGUAUCUAUCUAUCUAUCUAUCUCAUUCUAUCCAUAUCUAUCUAUCUAUCUAUCUCAUUCUAUUCAUAUCUAUCUAUCUAUCUCUUGUAA